AUGGCGUCAAAAGAAAUUUUGCAUUAUAUUGCAAAUUACUACUCUGUUAAAUUUGUCAGACAUUACAUAAUGUCCAACAUAGUUAUAUGCCCCUCCUUACACCACUAUAAAUACAAUCACUCUUUGCGGACUAGGUCGAGGCAGAUACUGAACGAUUUGAACUUCGAUAACAAGCUCACCAAGGAUUUAUCCGAGGAGGAGCUCACUAUUCUGCGUGGGGAGCUUUCCAAGUACAUGAUUGAGGGAGAUUUCAGGAGAUUUAAUGCGAUGGCAAUCAAAAGGCUGAAGGAUAUACAGUGCUACAGAGGAAUUCGGCACAUUCAGGGAUUGCCUUGUCGUGGGCAGAGGACUAGGAAUAACUGCAGGACUUUGAAGGGCAAGGCAGUUGCAAUUCCCGGUAAAAAGAAGACUACUAAAAAGUAA